GUCGCAACCAUCCGCUGCAACUCAACAGGCCUUCCUCGAGGGCGUUUGCUUUCCUUGUGCUGCAUAACCUUUGUUGCAUUGUUGCAUUCUUUUCCCACCAGGCUGGUCCUGUCGAGCUAGACUCAUAUACACCGACGCAUGAGGCACACUCCCUCAUUAUCUUACAAGGCUGAAUCCGGCGCAUCCUUUCUUACGCUGCAGGCCGCUAGGAACAGUGCUAUGCGUGCUAGGAUCUGAGGUUGCAAGAAGGUCUUCUGUCUCUUGACCGGUUCUGGGUGAUUCUAAGAUGUCUCUACUUCACAAUGAAGAGUAUGUCUAGUCUCAAACCACCCUUGACCCGCUGCCCCUCUUUAUCUGAAGAAUUCCUUUGGACAAAGUUAACCGGUGGUUACAACUGGGAAAUAGCUUCACGGUCUGGCAGUUACGCACAUCUUACUUGUCUGUGAUCAAGGAUGGCAUAGGUGACCGCCUCAUCAACGUUAACAACUCCGUUCUCAACACCCCCGGUUUCCGUGGAGCGGGUUGGUCUUCGGGCUAUACGAACUCGCAAAACGUCGCGGCCAGCGUCAAGCGCACGUACUCACCGCCAAUCCCGACGACCGCUGCAGUGUCUUCAGAAUACUACCGGCUUGCGAAUGGAUCAGCUGAUGAUUCUAGGGGAUUCAACCCUGGCUUUGGGGAUGAGGGUGAGGAUGAGGAAGGUGGGAUGGUUACUGGUAAAAGCACCUCGGAUGUAUUUGGGAUGCGGUAUCACGCUCGAGGUGGGAAGAGAGCUCGUCGGAGAGAUCGCCACCAGCAGGAUCAGAGGCAGGGGGAUGCCGAGGAUGACGAUAGCAGUGAUCUGAGUGAUGAAAGCGACGAUGAUGGAGAUUUGACCCAGAGAGCUUCUCAGCAGAUCAAGUUUUCAAAGGUACCGAUACGGACGCGAGCAGGAUCUUCUCCAAUACGCUCCGCAGACCGCACCGCUGGGCCGGAAGUCUUGGUAACUUCUCCCUCGCAACCAACAGUAGGAAAUCGCUAUCGUACGGGAUCUCUAGGGACAGCCGUGGGACCUAGAGAGCGUGUGCGACGAGAUACUGUUACUAGUAGCGACAUAUCCUCAGACUACGAACUGGAUUCUUCCGCUUUCAAACGCCGGCAAAUCCGCUUUUCUGGUCAGCCUCAGGUGAUGGAGGCAUCUAAGGAAGAACACGAUGGCGCCGAUAGAAAGGAAAUCGAAACCUUAACCGUUGGGGAGCUGAAUGAGCAUGCCGCCGAGGAUUCAGGUGCAGAGUCGGUAGGAUCUGCAACUUCUUCUGAUUUUGACGCCACAGCUGGCUCUGGGUCACUACUUGAAGAUGUCGGUAUUACCGGCGGUCUAAAUUCUUCCUCGCCUAUGGUGUUGAUGCAUAGGUUGCAAAAUGGAACCGUGCCCCAGCAUGCAUCGCCUAAGAAGCCGAAGACUCCAGCUCCUGAUCUACAGGAUCUACCUCCUCCUCGACCCAUCAGCACGGUGCAGCCCAUCAGCUUGUUGUCUAAGGAACUCAAGGCACGAAAGCGUGCCCCAUCGAACCCCGUUGAGCAAUUUGCAGUACUAUCUGGCAAGGGGUUAACAGAAGCGCUGAAUUUGAAAAUAUACCUCCCCUUCUCUUCGGACCCCGAUCAACCUUUGGAGAUGCCUCUCGCUCGAGAAUCCAAGCUAUCGGAGCAACCUGGCCCCGUUACUGUAGCGGAAGCUAUUGGAUUGGCUAUUUGGCAGUACUCAGAGACAGGUCGUCAACCACCUAUUGAGCGAAGAAAGUUGACAGUGAAUCGGUGGACGUUGAGAAUGGUGGAUGACGGCGAGGUGGAAUAUGACUUUCCACCGUUGGCACGAACCUCUCCAAUGGUUGAUUUCACCUCAAACAACAACAGAGCACAUGCUGCGCGGGGAAGAUCGAGAGGCAAGGUGUAUGAUGAAUUUGCCCUAGUGGAGGCCUCCCAGAGUGAGUUUGAGGAGAAUGAGCGCCUAUAUCCGAAAUUCAGCCAAAAUGUGAUUUCCGAAGAAAGCGGCGACCAGCCUUCGACCCUCGCAGUCCCAGCAAACCCUGCAAUCCCGCAAAACAAAUCCCAACCAGCUCGUCCGAAUCCUAUCCUUGGUCAACCUUUCUCAUCAGCACUGAAUGACAGUACGCUGACGCCGGCCGAUCGGCCAGCCGUGCCGACAACUCAUGCUACGCCGCGCAUGGGAGUUUCCAAGACAGUGAAGAUCCGGUACACAAAUUUUGACACGGAAGUCCAUAUAAUGACAAUGAACACCUCCACUGACAGCUAUAUUGCGGAGCUCCUGGACUCUGUGUGCAAGCGAUGGGGCCUGGACAAGGGCAACUAUAUCCUCAAAGUUAUGGGAUCGAAUACCAUCGCGCCCUUGGACCGGACUGUUGAAGCUCUUGGCAAUAUCACAGAUCUUGAUCUCGUCCGUCGACGCUUUGGCACAGCUCCUCUCACCCUGACAGGGUCCCCCGGAAGCUCUUCUCCGAACGCGCCUGUGCUGGUUGACAACAAUGGUACGACGGUCAAGAAGGGUAAGAAAUCAGGGCAGCGGAUGCUACAAACGAUCGCGCAGAAACAAGACAUUAUUGGGGGUUAUUACCGUCGCUACCACGUGUUUAGGAAACAGCCCAUGUCUUUCACAACGUCUAAUUACCGCAUCCUGAUUUUCGACAAUGACUAUAUGCACAUCAUGCCGGGAGAUACGGGGAAGACCGUUUCUGGCACCAAAACGCGGUCUAUUAGCUUCAAUGACGUUGUCGGAUGCAAAGUGAGCCGCCGACAUCCCAAGAGCUUUCGGGUGGUUGUCCUGAGAGGCAACGAUGCUAGCGAACAAAAACGAUAUGACUUUGAGGCGCGAAAUGCACUCGAGGCAGUGGAGAUUGUGGAUGAGAUUAAGAAGAAUAUGGCACACUAUCGGAUUUAGGAGCAUGGCAUCUGUCGUUCUUGCUACCCCUGAUUCUUUAUCUUCAUCUAUAACUUCCCCCCUGAUCCCUUCUGGUCCAUUCUCUCUUUCUUCCUAUUCAUCUGAUUAUUACUGGCUGCAUUUUCUAUUUCACUUGUCUGCGGAAGACAUACUGGACGGAUGGACUGUUAGGUUUUGUUACGGAGUAGACUGGCAUCUGGUCAUACUUGCAGUGUACAGAUUCGACUGGUCGGAUUGCAAUUCAAUUCCAUUUUUCAUUGAUGAUUCUGUCUAUGUAGUGAUUUGAUUGCUGCGCUCAGCACAGCGGGAGUCCGCUGUAGAUAUACGGCCCUCUGCGCUCCGCGUACGGACGAAGCAGUCAUUUCCCCGGCGAGUGUGAUAAUAAUAAAC